AUGAAGACAAGUGAGAAUGAAAUAAGUAUAUUUGAUUUAGGUUUCCGAGAUAUUGUAGUCUAUUUAGAUUAUAUCAAAAAAAGUAUUACUGAAAAGGAUAAUCAAGAAACUUAUACUAAUUGUAAAACAAUAAUGUCUUGUUAUAAAGAAAUGAGAAAACAUGUGAACUUUGAAACUGAUUAUAAGGAUGCUUUUGAUAUUUGUGCGGAUAAAUAUGUACAGAGUGAAUUUUGUUUUAAGGAUAAAAAUUCGUUCAGGAUGAUGGGAUAUAUUGAUAUUGCAUUUUAUUAUCUUUUUCAUUUAAAAAAUAAAACAGAAUAUGCAAAAAAAUAUAAGGAUACGUAUUUAAGUAAUAUUCAGAGUGUUUUACAAUUUUUUAAAAACAGAAGUAAUGUUUUCCCUCGUAUUUUUCAAAGGAUAAAGCAAGAUUAUGAUGAAAUUAUCCAGGAAAUGGAAACCCAAGGAGAUAAUACAGAUAAUCAAAUAUCUCAGUAUAUACCGGACGCAAAACCAUUAGAAGUUAUGGGAAACGAAUUACAAUUAAUUAUAGAUAUAGGAGAUCAGGAAAUGAUAGUAAGAGAGGAGGAUAAUGCCAUAAGUAAAGAAAUAAUCACAACAUUACUUGUUUCAAUAUUUGCAAUAAUGAUAAUUAUAAUCAUAGGUUAUAAGGUUAAAAUAAACAGAGAUCACAUACCAUUUUUAAAACAUAAAGAAGGGAAUAUAAUGAAGAUGAAGAAUAAACAAAAUGAGAAUAUGGUAAACUCAUUUGCUACACUUGAAGGAAUAUAUAAUGAAUCAACUGAUAAUAAAUAUAGUUUAGCAUAUAUCUCAGAGGGUUAUUAG